AUGUCUUCCCCCAACUACAGCAGCAGCUCCAUCCCUCCCUGGUUCUUCCUUGCCGGCAUCCCAGGACUGGAGGACUUCCAUGUGUGGAUUUCCAUCCCAUUCUGCUGGAUGUACGUGGUGGCCUUGCUGGGCAACCUCAUGCUGGUGGCCACCAUCGCCUCAGAGCCUGCCCUCCACCAGCCCAUGUAUUUCUUCCUUUCCUUGCUGGCUGCCUCCGACGUGGUCCUCUCCAGCACCACCAUCCCCAGAGCGAUGGGCAUCUUCUGGUUCGGUGCUGGUGUCAUCUCCUCCGGCGCCUGCCUCACCCAGGUCUUCUUCAUCCACUUCAACUCCGCCGUGGAGUCGGCCAUCUUGAUGACCAUGGCCUUUGACCGCUACGUGGCCAUCUGCAACCCCUUGAGGCACACGGCCAUUUUGACCCGCGUGGUGAUCGGGAGGAUUGGGGUGGUCUCUGUCCUCCGGGGCUUCUUCGCCGUGGUCAUCCUUGUGUUCCUCCUGCUCCGGCUGCCCUACUGUGGCCACAACAUCAUCCCGCACACCUACUGUGAACACAUGGGGGUGGCUCGCCUGGCCUGUGGAGACAUCACCCCCAACGUGGUGUAUGGCUUGACAGCGGCUCUGUCCACCCUGGGGGUCGACUCUGUCCUCAUCGCCAUCUCCUACUCGCUGAUCCUCAGGACCGUCUUCCGGCUCCCGUCCAAGGAUGCUCGACACAAAGCCCUGGACACCUGCGGCUCCCACCUCUGCGUCAUCCUGAUGUUCUACACGCCGGCCUUCUUCUCCUUCCUCACCCACCGCUUUGGGCACAACAUCCCUCGCCACGUCCACAUCCUGCUGGCCAACCUCUACGUCACCGUGCCCCCCAUGCUCAACCCCAUCAUCUAUGGGGUGAAAACGAAGCAGAUUCGGGAAGCGGCCAGGCGCCUCCUCUUGCAAGGGGUGGGGGUGUUUCUCAGUCCCAAAACUGGAGCCCCACCCCUGACCAAUGGGGCAUAG